AUGUUCGAGUGCCCGGGCAGUGGGGAAGAGAUGGCUCCCACUCACAAGAUUUCCUUCUCCAUCAUAGACAUCCUCGACCCCCAGAAAUUCACAGGCAAGUCGCAAGCAUUUGAGCUGCGACAGAAUGGGCUAAAUGAAGGCAGUGAGGUGUCAGUACUCAGCAGUGAAGAACAGAGUUUGAAAGAGACAGGUGUAAAACUAAGUGCUGAAAAGAACAGCAACCAAAUCGGCACCUAUUCUGAUGGAAGUGAUUGGGAACAAGACACACUUUCCAAUGCUAAUACACCAAAAAAGUCUCUAGAAUCUCAUGAAAGCUUUCAACCAUUUAAAGAGGAUAAAAUUUCGACACAACCUGAAUUAGACAAAGAGCACACUGCCUCAACUGAAUUGGAAGCCAGGUCGGAACACACUGCACCCAGACAAAAACGACGUCGAGCUGAGCCAGGCUGUGCUAAACCAAGACGAGCUAGAACUGCCUUCACGUAUGAGCAACUAGUGGCCCUGGAGAAUAAAUUCCGCUCAACUCGUUAUCUGUCGGUUUGUGAACGUCUCAACCUGGCCCUGGCCCUCAGCCUUACAGAAACACAGGUUAAAAUCUGGUUUCAAAACAGACGUACCAAGUGGAAAAAACAGAACCCUGGGGCAGACAGUACAAUGCAGCCCGGAUCUACUAGCUUGUCUCGAGUCAGCCCAAGCCCUCCUGGACCAAGUGUACUCAACUUCCCAACUUUUCAGACAUAUGCUGCAGGGAAUGUCAUUUGCCAGGCAGCAACUCCAGUCCCUUUAAUAUCAUCUACUGCAGGGCUGAUGUCUCCCUUUCUGAGUUCUGCCUACCUGACACCAUUUUAUGCUCCACAUUUGUGA